AUGUCAGCCGAGGCUGCUGACCCCCCAAGCCUCCCCUCUGUCUCCCAAGAUCCUGAUUUACACCAAGGAGGUGGCAACCUCGCUGCCAACCCUUCAGACCUGGGAGUGACGGGUGUGAAUAAGGGCAAUGAGACUCUAGCGGUAUCGUGGGAGCGGGUCAACGAAGCUCCAGCUUCUCCAGGGACUGUGGCCAUUCGCACUGUCGAAGAGGAACUCAGGCAAGAGUUUGCUGCCCUGAACGAGCAGCGCCGGGAGCUUGAGUUCCUGGAACGGGGGGGCAACCUCCUCGACUUCGACUUCACCCCCCUUCCCUCGACGAACGGCAUCAUCCACAAGCACCCCCCCAUUCCGGCGGCCGCGGAACACAAAGAGAAGGCCGGUUUGCACCCCCGAAAUGGAGAGACUCUGGCGAGCGAGCGGGACGGGAGUCGGACAGCCAGCACGAGCGGGCAGGAAAACAGGGUGUUUGCGAAUGGUCUCUGGAGGGGGCAGGGCGUGGUUUCGCGGGACAGCACCAGUCCGGAGAGGUUGAGAAGCGCCUUAGAACUAGGCGCGACAGGUCUCAGCGCGUGGGGAGGCGGAGAUCUGGAGCCUGGAAAGAAGGAGGGGAUCGGGGUACUGCCAAACGGAUUACUGGCGUCAGCUGCAGAGGCGCUGAUGUCAGCGGGCACUCGGGCAGGCUCGGUGGGCCUCUCCGAGACCACAAACGGGAGCCACGUGACAGGAGGUUAUCCAAGCGACGUUGCGAUGCUUGACGUCAGCAUGGUCCCGCUGACGUCACCCGUGCCUCCAGGGGCUGAUCUCGCGUUUGUAAAGCUCCCAGGGGACGAAGUGCUCCCUCAGGUUCCGGCGCUGACGUCAUCGCCGAUUCUCGACCCCCUUCCCGCCUCCGUAGCCCCCCCUCAAGUCGCAAUUCUGCCCCUCCCAGCUGAGCUGAAUAAAAUGCCCCUAGAACCCCCCCCAGAAGUGGCACUGGUCGUUGUUGGCACAGAACCCCCUGAAAAGAAGAGGUCGCACCAUGGGGGCUCGGUAGGGGUGAUGCAUGGGGCACGGUUGGGGGACAAGGGCGUGCCGAUGCCGUGGGAACAGACGGAGGGGGGGCUCCUGGCGAGGGAAAAGAAGAGGUUGGCGAUGAUCGAGAGUGCAAAGCGGGCGCACGAAGACUGCAUACUGGAGGAGGCAGAGAUACUCAAGGCUGCUCGAAAAGCAAACCUCGAGAUCUCGCGGCGGAAGCCAGCAGCGGAGCCCCCCCGGUUCAAGACCCACUGGGACUACGUGCUGGAGGAGAUGACAUGGAUGGCCAACGACUUCCAGCAGGAGCGAGUAUGGAAGACGACGGCAGCCGCGAGCGUGGCCGGCUGGGUGCGGGACGACUUUCUCGCAAAGGCCAAGCCCACAGAGGACCGCGAGGAGCUACGCAGGAUCGUGGCGCGAAGGGCAGCCGAGGCGGUCUCGGGCUUUUGGUACGGUGUAAAAAGGCUCGACGAUGAUAAGGCCGGAGAACUAGAGGGGGGGUCAAAAGACGUGCAAGCCGAGGGAGCGAGGCCGGGGGUCAGCUUGGAGUCACAGGGGUCUGGUGCCAGGAACAAGAGCGGACGGCUGAAAGGCAGGGAAGUGACGUCACCUGGGAAGGGGGAAACAGUGGAGAAGCCGAUGAGUGGGGCGGGGCAUGCGGGGGUGCUGAAAGAGGACGGGCUGCCGACGGGGGUGAAUCCGGACGGUAUUGUACAGGUGUCGGUGCCGGAAGUGGGUCCGACGGAGGCGGAACGGGAAGAGGCCCCGUUGGAGGAAACGGGGUCGGUUGAGGAGUAUGCGUUGCGGGUGCUUCGGGAGCAGAAGGGGCCUUCCGAUGGGCCGGGGACGCCGGAGCAGGACUGGGAACGGGGGUGCGCGGUCCUAGAGGACCCGUUGAUGUGGUUCGUACCGAAGGGAAGCAUGGCGGCGUACCGGGCGCUCGUGGAGCGGGAGCAGAAGGAACUAGAGGCGGAGCACGAGAAGCGCGUGCGGGAGCACGAGUCGGCGGUGGCGAGCGCGCAGCGGGAGCUGGAGGCGGAGGAAGCGACUAAGGCGAUGAAAGACGCGGGGCUGAAUCUCGACUUCGAGAAUCAGUACGAUGCUCUGAACGCGCUGAAUGUUGACUUUGAUGGGCUGGAAACGGCGCUCGGGGAAGGCGGUUUGGGUCUUCUGGUUGGGGACGUUGGCGUUUCGGGCGGGGGAGAUAUGGUCGAUCCGUUGGGAGACAUUCCGCUCAGUCUGCACAACGACUUCACGGUUCCGGGGAUGCCGGUCGUGAAUAAGAAGAAGCGAAAGAACGACCGGAAACGGAAGAAGCACCACCGGCUGAAGGAGAGAAACGAAGACGAGUUUGGGGAGGCGCCGACGCCGUCGCAGUCAGGGAACGUGUCGGGAAGUUUGGCGGAGGAUGCCGAGAACGGGCUGGACUUCAGGAACGAGUAUGGGCAGAGUGCGGAGGUUUUCGAGCGGCCGGUUGUGCAGCGAGCGUCAGAGCCGACAACCAACAAUAACAGUCACCCGGGGACGCCGGCCGGGUUGAAUCCUACGAAGCGGAAACGGACGGACCGGGGCCGGCACGGGGUUAAGGCGGAACCCAAGGCGGUUAGCGAGGAGACUGCAAACGGGGCGGGGGGCAGCGUCGAGCGGAAACGGGCGGACUCGGAUAGCGAUGACGACAAUCCGAUCGGGCACUUGAUACGGGAAAAGAAACGAGAGCGGGGCGAUCCGGAUGAAACGCAGCCGUUGGCAGUGCGGAUACGGAAGAAGAAGCGGAAGGACCUGAGCAAGAUUGUGGACUCGCUGAGAGGGGAGUCGCCUGCAGAGGAAACUCUGGAGGCGACGAGGCUGAACAGCGGGCAGUACGCGAAGAAGCGGAUACGGACGAGCAACAAGCAGAUCCGCAUCCCGUCCGAUUACGACGACAACGAGGACUCGCCCCUCUCACUGAAGCGCCCGUUCUCCCCGUCACCCGACCCGGACCGCCCCAUCUCCGCGAAAAGCAAAAAGCUCAAAAAGGGCCAGGAAAGCCCCGGGGCGUCGCUCAGGGGGGCAAAAGACCUGCCAACGGAACCCCCCGAGGACGACGACGAGCCGCUGCUCCGGCCGAACAAGAAGAAGAAGAAGAAAAAGCAGGAGGCGCCGCUGCCGCUGCAGCGGAUCUCGCCCAAUCAGGAAGGGGUGCACGUGCCAUGGGCACCGGGAGAGGAUGCGAUGCUGGCUGCGAUUGUGUCCGAGUUGGGCCAGAACUGGAACCUCGUCAGCGACACGCUAAGCGCCACGGUGGCCCUGAAAGGCGUCUACCGGCAGCCCGCCCACUGUAAAGACCGCCACGCCGCCCUCGCCGGCACCGGGGAGAACGAGCGCCUCUCCCCGGAGGAGGCCGCCAUAGCAGCUGUUGGGCUCACCAAAAAGCAUGCGGCACGCGAGCUUUUGGCGACCCACGGCAUGGCCGACGACGAGACAAUCCAGAAGCAUGUAGAGCGCAUUGUACAGCUAGCGAGCAAGCACAAGACUAGGAAGGCACAGCAGGAUGCUCAGAACGAGAAGGGGCGGGUGCACUCUCCGCACCCAUCCCACCAAGCAUGCAUGGCGCAAGCCAUGGUCCCCAAUAAAGGGUUGUUGAACCCCCUCGAGUUGUGCGAGCGCCCCUCCGGCGUUGCGAGCGGGGACGUGCCGGCGCUCCCCCCGGGCGCGUCGUACCUGGCGAGCAUGAGCAACGGCUCCUCCGGCGACUUGCAGCACCUCUCCUCCAUGCUGCCCCCUGGCGUGCAGCUGCAGCGCCCGGUGCAGCCCAUGCAGCCAGGCCUCCACAUAGCGCAAUCUGGCACCACGCGCCAGAUGACCGCAGACCAGGUGCGCCAGCUGCGCUACCUGGCGCAAGCCAAGCUGCAGCAGCAAGCGGUUGCUGCGGGCAACGGCAACAGUCCCAGCCUCGAAGCCGCUGCCUCGAUGGGGCCCCCCGGAAGCGCCGCCACCGCCGCGCUCCUGAACCGGAACCUGAGCCUGGCGGCCAACCGGAGCUCGCCAGGUGGCGCCGGCACGAUGCUGCCACCUGGCACGACGCAGCUCCAGGGGAACGUCCCGAAGAGGAGGCCCACGACGGCGGCGGAGGCGAUCGAUCUGGCGCGGAGCGGGCGGCUGACGGAGCAGCAGAAGCAGCACAUACUGCAGCAAUUGCAGGUUCAAGCAGCGAGCGGCAAUUCGACGGCAGCGGCCGCAAUUGCGCAGCUCAUGAGCAUCACCGCAGGCGGGGGGGCGGCGCCCAACUCGCAGCAGCAGCAGCUGUCCCAGGCCAUGGCCGCGCGCGCCCGUCAACUCCAGGCCCAAAACCAGACGCAAUUGGUGCAACAACAGCAGGCCAGCCAGGCGCAUCUGCUUUCGCACGGCCUCGGGGGGGUCCAGGGGCGCGUCCCCCAGAUGCAGAAGCAAGGCUCCGCGAUGGGGGGAAUGAACAAGCUGGGCCCU